AUGUUUCUGAACGAUUUUUUACUUUUUAGGAAAACUCUUCUAGCUGCUGAAAAAACUCAUGGUGCACAUGAUGAAGAAAUUGAAAAAUAUGAAUCUGAUUUACGUGAAGUUGAACGUUUACAAAAAGAAUAUGAAGAUAAAUUACAAGAUGAAUCACAAAAUGCUGGUCGUAAUUUAGCUCUUGAAGAAGAUCAGAUAAAAGAAUAUCGGCAUUUAAAAGAAGAAGCAGCAAAAAAAAUGACACAAUUUUCUGAAGAAUACGAUUCAAUUGAUCGUCAACAACAAGUUGAUAAAACGAAUCUCGAACAAGAACAACGAAGUCAAAGAGAUCAUAUGGCACGUAUUCAACAAACAGAAUUACGUAUUGACGAAUUAAAUGGAAAAAUUGAUAAAUUAGCUGGUUAUAUAGUUGAUCUUGAACAAGAACUUAAGGAUAAACAAUCCGAUGCUCAAUUAUUGGAACGAGAAGUAACUGAUGGUCGAAGACGUUGUACUGAACUUGAAGAAGAACUUGAUCAAGUUAAUAAAGAAAUUGGUGAAGCAAGAUCUGAUCGAAAUGAAACAACUCGAGCACAACGACGUGCAGAACUUAUUGAAAAUCUCAAACAAUUUCCAGGCGUGUAUGGUCGUUUGAUUGAUCUAUGUGAACCAACUCAUAAACGUUUUCAAAUGGCAAUAACAAAAGUUCUUGGUCGUAAUAUGGAUUCAAUUGUUGUUGAACGUGAAACAACCGUUCAAUCAUGUUUACGUUAUAUGAAAGAACAUCGUUAUGAACCUGA